AUGGACUGCAGCCGGUUCUUCGAGUGCUUCCCUCUCGGACAGCCCCCGCAGCCGCAACGGCAGCAGCCAACCGCUGCGGAGAAGCCGUCCGGUGUCAUCGCCGACCAGCCCGUCCGGUCCGCUCAAGAAGCCGCCGGCGAGUUCGUCGACAUCCUGCGCACCGCCGAGAAGGGCGGCAAGGACCUCGAGCGCCGCCUCAGGAACGUCGUCACCGCCAACUCCUGGACGGAGGAGAUCGCGAAGCACAUCCUCCGGGGCGUCGAGGCCCUCGUCCGGCACCGCGACACCAUCGGCCAGGUCGUCAGGGGGGCCACGGACGCGGCCGCCGACGCCGCCGAGAGAUUCUUCGACUUCGCCGCCGACCACCCGGUGUUCGUCACGCUCGUCGCCAUCGGCGUCCUGGUCGCCGUCGCCCCCUGGGUUCUCGAGGCCCUCGGCUUCGGCGAGCUCGGCCCCGUCGCCAACACCUUUGCCUCUUUUUGGCAGGCCCGUUACGCGGGCUUCGUGCCCAAGGGGUCCCUCUUCUCCUUCUUUCAGCGCCUCGGAAUGGUAUGGAAAUGA